AUGAUUUUUAAGAAGCAAAAACUUCAAAACCGGUCAAACUCCUUGGGAGUUGACUACAACAUGGGCUUGGCCUUUGAGCUUCGUCCGACGUCCCAAUCCAACUCAAUCCUAGAUCCCGACGUGGCAGUUCAAGAAAUGCAAGCAGACGAGCAACUCCUUGACAAGUGCCUGUUCGAAGACGAGCCCAGAGCAUUGGAUGAACUCACUGAUCUGAAAAACGUGGUCAAGUAUCCAAGAUUCAUAAAAGACGAAAAGGUUAUCCAAGCUUUCGCUACUGUUAAAGAGGAUAAGAUCAAAAAUUCAAACCCUUGCGAGGACAACUUUAACUUUGAAGACUGGGUUAUCUCUAUUCCUGAGGAGAAGUUUGAAAGUGGCGACCCAUUUUCCUUCCAAGAUUGCUAUGAGUCUCUGCUUCAAGACUGGGAGUUAGUUAUCAAAGCUGGCGCGAAACGUGAAACAAUGCAUGAUGGACAAAGAGGAAUUAAUUUCUUGCUUCGGCAGGCGUUUGAGCUGCGUCCAGGAGCGAAGCACAUCUACCAGCUAGAAAAAGAGUUAACCUUGCCUGGUACUGACGACCUGACCCGAGCUGAUGUAAUACCAACCAGACAUUUAUCUCAAAACUGGUACUCAUUCCAAAGAAGACUACCAAAAUCUCAAGUACUCAGGUCGCUCACAACGAAUGAAGAAAGGAUAUCUUUUGUUACCUCGCUCCUGCACUUCGAAGAAGACGACGACGCAUCGACUAUGAAGCGCGAACUGAUGUUAAGAUUCUGCUAUGCUCAGUGUCAACAUCUUGCUCUAGGAUUAAAGGAUUUGCCUGUCUAUGGUGCUCUUCUGACAGACUCAAUGUUGACAAUAUAUGCUUCUAUCUGGAAUGAAGACAGAAUCAUUAUAUGCCCGACAAACAUAACCUUCAAUCUGAAAUCAUUUCCAGAAUUCAUCGAUUGCUAUUUCUUCCUGUGCAAACUUUCGGACCACAUAGCACAUCAAAUUGAACGAGCGUUCGAACGGCCCAAGUCAGAAGAGCCCAAAGACGAAACCCAAAAACAGCAGCAAGAAGAAUCUGCUAACUCUUGGUCUUUGUCGUCACUCGAAACUCAAGAAGAGGAAGAUUCUUCCGACCUCGACUUAUCGGACGAAAGUCCACGCCGCCUAGCAAGAGACCAGUCUAGUGACUCGGAAGAAUCUGAAGUAGAGUAUAGCGAAAACGACCCUGAAGUCUUGAAAAUUGCACAGCAAGUUGAGAAUGGGGAACCUGCACCGGAGGGUGGGUAUCAACUUGACCGGAAGCAUUUACUCGCGCUCGACGUAUAUAACAAAAGGCACGAAGCGAAUAGUACUGGUCAUUCCAGGGUACAGGACUGGGUGAACUCUCUCCCUUCAUUCGAGAACGAACCGCCACCUCCACUCUAA